AUGACUAAGGCCCCUUUCUCCGUGGAAUGGUUGUCUCAGAGCAGCCAAGCUCUCAAGAGCUCCACCGAGGGCUCCCCACACCGAGCAUCGUCCGCGGGGCACCGGCCCGGCUCCGGCUCCGGCUCCAGCGUGGGCCGGAGCGAGCGGAGGCAGGAGCGGCCCGCGGGCCCGCGGGACGGGCGCGGCGGCCGGAGCAGGAGAGCAGGCGGGAGGCCGUCGGCAGCGGGGCAGCCCGUGCCAGAGGAGGGUCCCGAGUGCCCGGGCGCGGAGGAGCCCUGCGGCCGCGGCGGGCGGCGGCUGCGCACGGCGUUCAGCGCGGAGCAGAUCAGCACCCUGGAGAGCUCCUUCCAGCGGCAGCAGUACCUGGGCGCCGCCGAGCGCCGGCAGCUGGCGGGCAGGAUGCGCCUCUCCGAGGUGCAGAUCAAGACCUGGUUUCAGAACCGCCGGAUGAAGCUCAAGCGGCAGCUGCAGGAGUUGAGGACGGAGCCCUUCUGCAGCCCCGCUCUCCCUUACGGACCUCAGGGCGCUGUGGUGCCCCUGCCGCUCACGUACGUGGCCCGGCCGCCAGCUCUGCCCCGGCAAGGGGCGGCCCCCGAGGCCUUCCCUGUGGCGGCCCUGCCGGCACCCGCCCUGGACCUCAGCAGCGCCUGCAGAGCACAGCCAGUCGGCUUUUGGGCAGCACCCUGCUUUGUGGGGUACCGGGACCCCAGGGCCUUCCUGCUGGGUGUCUGACCCUCUGAUACACCUAGGACUAAAGAGGAUUUGCACUACUAACAGAUACCUGGGCUGCCCUCGUCCGUAACUGCUUGGAGGAGUUAUGAUGCAGCACCAAUCGAAACAUUUACAAAGAUAUGCUGGACAAUCUGAAUCAUGGACUUCAGGCCCUUGCAUUCUUAGGAAAUUGUAAAAUAUAAACGGGGUGGGACAAUAAUAUAAAUGGAAUAUUUUAAUAAACCUAUUUUUUUCC